GACCCAUCAGAGUGCACGCUCCUUUCUUGCGACGGGGUGCCUAGGACAGGAGCUGGGGACAGAGCCAGGGCCGCAGGAUGGCCCCUCAGAGAGCUGUGCAGCUGUCCCUGAAGAAGCCCACCUACGCUGUGUGCGUGGUGGGAGUUGAGACGUAUGUGGAUGUUCACAGUGAUGUGCCCGAGGGCGCUGAGACCUUCAGGGUUUCUGGGAGCUCCGGGUUGGAAGUCUUUGUGGUCUACGACCCAGCCCGGGUGACAGCGCCCACAGACAAGACCCACUGGCCCCUGGAUGCCAGCGUGGAUGUGACUGUAUCUGUGGACACAGCCAGUAAGGAUUUAAACGAUCUUAAGGUGCAGGUCUCCUACUUCGGGCAGCAUCAGGGCGGUGCCAUGGGCCACAGCGUGCUCUACCUCACUGGUGUCGACAUUUCCCUCGAUGUUGACACGCAUCGCACGGGCAAGGUGAGGAGGACCCAAGGUGACAAGAAAACCUGGCACUGGGGCCCUGAGGGCCAUGGGGCUAUCCUGCUGGUGAACUGUGACCGAGAUAGUUUCAGGCUCAGGGGGCAGGACCUUGCCAACAGCCAGCUGGCAUCACUGAAGGACCUACAGGACAUGUCGCCAAUGGUCCUCACCUGCGAUGGCCCGGACGAGCUCUUCAAUAGCCACAAGCUCGUCUUGAAUGUGCCAUUUCCUGAUUCCCAAAGAGUGAGGGUCUUGCGUGCUGGAGGUGGGAAUUCCCUCUCGGACUACAAGAGGGUGCUAGGACCCCAGCAUCUGUCCCAUGAAGUUGAGCGGCGGCCAGGGGAGCAGAAGAUCAACUUCUACGUGGAGGGGCUCACCUUCCCCGAUGCUGAUUUCUUGGGGCUGGUCUCCCUCAGCAUCAGCCUGGUGGACACCGGGACCCUGCCCGAGGUGCCCCUCUUCACAGACACCGUGGCCUUCCGCAUGGCCCCCUGGAUCAUGACCCCCAACACCCAGCCCCCCCUGGAGCUGUAUGUGUGCAGUGUGAUGGACUCUCAGGACUCCAAUGAGAAAUUUGUGUAUGUCAUGAAUGAGCUGGCGUGGAAAGCCAACUGCAAGCUGAUCAUCUGCCCUUGGACUGAAAAUCGAAAUGACCGCUGGAUCCAGGAUGAGAUAGAGUUUGGCUACAUCGAGGCCCCUCACAAAUCCUUUCCUGUGGUCCUUGACUCACCCCGAAACAGAGGCCUGAAGGAUUUCCCCUAUGACAGGAUCCUGGGUCCCGACUUUGGAUAUGUGACCCGGGAGAUCCCGUUUGCUGGGGCCUCCAGCUUUGACUCCUUUGGCAACCUGGACGUCAGUCCGCCCGUCUCGGUGGGCGGCAAGGAGUACCCGCUGGGCCGCAUCCUCAUCGGAGGCAGCUUUCCCAAGUCCUACGGGCCGCACAUGAGCAAGGUGGUGCGUGACUUCCUACAGGCUCAGCAGGUGCAGGCGCCUGUGGAGCUCUACUCCGACUGGCUCUCCGUGGGCCAUGUGGAUGAGUUCCUGAGCUUUGUGCCUGCCUCCGACCAAAAGGGCUUCCGACUGCUCCUGGCCAGCCCCAGUGCUUGCCUCAAAUUGUUUCAAGAGAAGAAAGAGGAGGGCUAUGGGGAGGCGGCCCAGUUUGAUGGAUUAAAGUACCAGGUGAAGAGAACCAUUAAUGAGAUGCUGGUGGACAGAAGCCUCAGGAACGACAGUCUCUAUGUACAGAAAUGCAUCGACUGGAACCGCGAGGUGCUGAAGCGAGAGCUGGGCCUGACGGAGCAGGACAUCGUGGACGUCCCCCAGCUCUUCUCCCUGAAGGGCUCCAACGCGGAAGCCUUCUUCCCAGACAUGGUCAACAUGGUGGUUUUAGGCAAGUACCUGGGCAUCCCCAAGCCCUUCGGGCCCAUCAUCAACGGCCGCUGCUGCCUGGAGGAGAAGGUGCGGUCCCUGCUGGAGCCGCUGGGCCUCCACUGUGUCUUCAUCGAUGACUAUUUGUUCUACCACCAGCUGCUCGGGGAGAUCCACUGUGGCACCAAUGUGCGCCGGAGGCCCUUCUCCUUCAAGUGGUGGCACAUGGUGCCCUGAGCCUGCAUCCCCCGCCAUCCUCUCUGCCUGCCUGCCAGGGACCCCUGCCAGGGUGAGGGCAGGAAACUCCACCUGGCCUCCAUCCUCCUGGGGGAGCCUUGGGCACUUCCCCCUGAGUGCCUGCAAACGUGUUGGCUACCGUGGGCACCAGGACACAGGGCUGGAGAGCACACAUCCUUACCUCUGGGUCCUUAGCUCCCGAGCCUGAGGAGGCCUGCCCUUGUCCCUCCCUCUCCUCUUCCCCAUCCACAGCUCCCCGGGCUCUGGAACAGAGCAGCAGCUUUAACGUGGUCAAGGAUGGCUGUGUGUGGCUUUGGCAGGCGCCCCACUUUGAAUUGCUCCCCCUCUGUUCUGACGGUCCCUUCAUGUUUGUACCAGGAAUGGGGCCCAGAGGGCCUGGGCUCUGAGAAUGAGGACCCUGGGUGUAGGCCCUUUAGGGCUCUCACAAGACCAGGAGGGGCAGGGGAGGCACCUUCUCUUAUCUACCAGCUAUCUUCUCCUGCAGGGGAACCCCGAUGCCCGCUGUGACCGCCUAGUCCUCCUUAGCCACAUUUACAUAGGCAAAUAAGGACAGGAAAAUCCAGUGUCUGAUGGCCUGGUUUAUAAAGAGAAGGCAACAAAAACCCUUUAAAUACCUGACUCCGUUCUCAGAAGGGCGCUUGUUAGCUGGCUGGAAAGCCUUUAAUUACAAGCGCUGGCUGCUGCUUCCAGCUCGAAAAACGCUGAGAAGCCAACGAGGCGAGGAGGCUGGGGGGCAGAGUGGCUGAGGCGUGAGGCUAAAACCUGGGGCCUGGCUUCUGCGCCCUAGGGCUCCUGGCUUUGCAUUCUGGGCUCUGGACAUGGAGGCGGCUGGCUGUUCCAGGUGUAGAAGGGGGUGGGGGGCAUAGGUUAUCUCUGAAGGUGGGGUUUAAUUUCUUGUAAUAGUCUUUAAUUACUCCCCUUUGCUCUGCAGGCAGCGGGAGGGAAGGCCCUCCCACUCGCAGCCACCUGGAGACCCUGCACGUAGUGUGGGUUUCACCUGUGAGUAACCCUGUGGCAGGCCCGGGCCCCUUCCAUAGACCUCAGCUGCCACGGGAGUGAAUAGCCUGGCCCUGGGUGAGGUCCCUGAGAUGUACACAGGCAGCCUGCCUUGGCCAGUGCAGGACAGGAGGUGGCCCCCGCCCCAGACAGGCUGGGCAGGAGGGGGCCAGCCUCCUCCCCCCUCUGCCAAUGGGGCAAUCUCGGGGCCUCUUAGCUCCUGGGCCUCCGACCUCUGUGUUUUCUGUGGUCCCUGGUGAGGCCUAGACUGGGUCAGCUGCUGUUAACCUCUUUAGCUACAGAAAACUCAGCAAUCAGAGGCUUACCUGGAAACCCAAUUUAUGAAACUGAUAAAAACGGAACUGCUCUGGUUUAAGGUGACAGGGACAUUCUACCUAGAUGUCCCUCUUCCCGAAGCCUCUGUGGGAGCCCGUUUGCAAGCCCGUGGUCUGAUGCCCACUUUCUGCUCAUAGUCAUGAUGCAGCAUAGACUGAGCCAAGAAGAGAAGGAAGACUUCAGGGGCCAGGGGUGCUCAGGAAGGGCUGGGCUUCCCCAGGGAAAGGGUUGUGGGCAGGAGGGAGUGGGUGCCGCCGAGAGAUAGGGAAGGCGGGAGGCAAGCCUUCCAAAGUAGCACUAAGUGUGGGAACCUCUAGAAUUGCUGCUGUUGGGGGACCCUGAUGUCCUGUCUGAGAAUGUCCUGGCUGAUCAGUCACCCCCUUUCUGAUUAAUAAAAAUGUCAGCAUGCAUUUCUUCAA